CGCACCGAUCUCUCCGUGAGAGGGACGCGUAGCACCCUCCGCCUCCGCGCCUAAACGGCUUCGCUCUCUCUCUCUCUCUCUCUCGGCGUCCCCGCCUUUACGCGAGAAUAACCCUCCCGAAACCCUCCUUCCCCGAUCGAUGCCGCCGCCGCCGCCUCCUCCGCCGGAGUGGGCCGACCUCCCGGUGGACGCGGUCCUGGCGGUGUUCGAGCGGCUGGGCGCGGCGGAAGUGCUGAUGGGCGCCGGGGUGGUGUGCCGCAGCUGGCUCCGCGCGGCCACCCGCGAGCCGCGGCUCUGGCGCCGGGUGGACCUCACCGCCUGCUUCGACCCCACCGUCGACAUGGAGGCCAUGGCGCGCGCGGCCGUCGACCGCGCCGGCGGACGCCUCGAGCACUUCGCCGCCGAGCGCUUCGUCACCGAUGAGCUCCUCCUCUACGUCGCCAAGAGAACUAGCUGCUUGAAAAGUCUUCGGCUACGUGAUUGCAUAAAAAUCUCAGAGAAAGGCUUGGUUGCUGUUGGCAAGACAUCUCCCUGUCUUGAGGAACUUGAGCUCACUACCUGCACCAUCAGUAUUUUGCUGAAGGCUGUUGGCGAAGCAUUUCCGAACCUGAAGUGUCUGCGACUGAACCAUCGUUGGUUUGAUGUUCAGUUUGAUGAGUUCAGAGAUAACUUCCAUGCCCUUGGAAUAGCCUGCAGCAUGCACAGGCUACGCCAUCUUCAGAUCUUUGCCAAUCGGCUCCGCAACAAUGCACUUGCUGCCAUCCUUGACAACUGCCCGCACCUUGAGUCCCUUGACUUGCGUCAGUGCUUCAACGUCGAUGUGGAUGCAGAAGUGAGAGCAAAGUGUGCAAGGCUGAAGGAUGUGAGGUUCCCAAACGACUCAACCAAGGACUAUGAGUAUGAGACUUUUAUUGAGACACCAUCACUAGAUUCGCUCCCACUUCCAUUUCCCGCAGCAGUUCCUCAAUGGCCCUUCCAUGGGAAUGACGAGGAUGACGACAAUGAUGGUGAUCAGGACGAUGACGAUGAUGGUGAUCAGGACGAUGAUGACUUGGGCGGUCACAGGGUGACAGAGUAUGGUUUUAUCAUCGGUGACUACCAUGUCCGCGGUCGGAUCAUCCACCAUGAGUAACUCGACAUCUACAUGCCGUAAUUAGCAGGUUUUGAUGUCCCAGCGUCUGAGUCUCAGGAAAUGGAAGGUAGGUGUUCAGAAGUAAGGUAAUUCGCUGAGCGCUGUAAGUUAUUUCUGUUGUAGUAGCUUACUACAACAGAAGGGCGCAUUUAGAACGGUUCUGUAUCCAACUGCAAGUCUGCAACCGGUCUAGUGACCUCAUGUGUAGUGGUAAAACCUUUGUUCCUAUUCUGCGUGUUGCCAUAGCGCUUGUGGAAGUUUCUUGGUUUGUGUACGAUUGUGAUGGUGAAAUAUGUUUAUGUCAGCGGAAAGGCUCCCGCGAACUGGUUUCCAGCC